UUUUUUUUUUUUUUUAUUCCUUCUUUCUUUGUUAAAUCAAUGAAACUUUCUAUCGCUACUGCUGCUGCACUCCUUCUUUCUACUGUCAUUGACGCAAAGACACUCCUCUUUCCUAUUCCUCAAGAUGUGUCCUGGACAGGUGCCCAGAAAUCACUUUCAAGUAACUUCAAGAUAACAGGUGCAGAUAAUACUUACGUUCAAGAUGCCUCCAAACGCUACACUAAGCUUAUUCGCAAAGAAAGCUGGGUUCCUGUUCAAGUUACCUCCAAAGAACACUUGAAGCAAGGAGAUACGCUUCAAAGUUUAAAGAUUGUUGUCAAGGACAACAAGGCCAAACUUGACUUGGGCGUCGACGAAUCGUAUACGCUAGAUGUUCCUGCUAAAGGUAGUCAAGCAACACUCGAAGCCAAGACGUGGGUAGGCGCCCUUCGUGGGCUUGAAACGUUUGCCCAACUCGUUCAACAAGGUUCAAGCAAAGGUCAUCUCGUUGCCCACACAGCCCAUAUCAAGGACGCACCCUCCUAUCCCCAUCGUGGCGUCAUGUUGGACACUGCUAGAAACUUUUACCCUGUGAAAGAUAUCCUUCGUACCAUUGACGCCAUGGCUUAUAACAAGAUGAAUGUUCUCCACUGGCACAUCACCGAUUCUCAAUCAUGGCCAAUCUACAUCAAGAAGCACCCUGAGCUCUCUAAGAAAGGCGCCUAUACACCCGACAUGGUUUACAGCCCCAAGGAUGUCGAGACUAUCAUCAAGUACGGCCAAUCGCGUGGCGUGCGCAUACUCCCCGAAAUUGAUAUGCCUGCGCAUACCGAUUCUAUUGCCUUGUCUCACCCUGAACUCAUGGCCUGUCACGGGCUUUGGUGGGGCACCUACGCAGCCGAGCCCCCCGCUGGUCAAUUGAACGUCAUUCAUCCGGGAACUAUCAAGCUUGUCAAGGAUGUUAUUAAGGAAAUAACCAGUCGUUUCCCAGAUACUUUGUACCAUGCUGGUGGUGACGAAUUGAAUGCCAAAUGCUGGCCCACAAAUAAGCAAAUGUCAGAUUAUGUCAAAAAACACAAGACUACCUUUGAGCAAGUUUGGUAUGACUUUACAAACGAUAUUAUUGACUAUGUCAUUAAGCAAAAGAAGCGAUCUAUCAUCUGGGAAGAUCCCGUCAAGGAUGGUGGCAAGAUCAAAACUGAUACCAUUAUUCAGUCCUGGGUUAAUCCUCCUUCCAACUAUACCUCUGCAGGUUAUGAUGUGAUUGUUUCCAAUUAUGAUUACUUUUAUCUUGACUGUGGUCACGGUGGAUGGGUUGGUAAUGAUACUCGCUAUAUCUCACCUGCACAAACUCAAACUGCAGAUGACUCCUUCAACUAUGGCGGUGUGGGCGGUUCCUGGUGCGCACCUUUCAAGACCUGGCAACGUAUCUACAGCUAUGACAUGACUCAUGGUGUUAAAGAAUCACACAAGGGUAAGGUACUUGGUGGUGAAGUCGCUCUAUGGUCAGAACAAUCUGGUCCUACCGUUGUUGAUUCUCGUCUCUGGCCUCGUUCAUCAGCUGCUGCUGAAAUAUAUUGGUCUGGUAGUUAUGACAAAAAGGGAAACCGUCGUACACUUGGUGAAGUUCAGCCUCGAUUCAAUGAUUGGGUGUUGAGAAUGAUUGGCCGUGGUAUUGGUGCGGAACCCAACACACCUCGUUGGUGUCUUUUGAAUCCUAAUCGAUGCAACUUGAAUGAACCUUCUUCCAGUUAAAUUUAUUUUAUAUUAAUUUAGUGUAAUUCAUAGUAAAAAGAGAGAAAGAGAAGUCGUU